GCCAAAUACGUGAUUCCAUUUAGUGACGCUUGUAAAAAUAUAUCUACGAUUAAAUAUCCGUUCGCAUUACGAAGUUGUGCUAUAUGAACUAUGAGUAUCUUGUAAUCGGUAUCCAAAUAAAUAAUACGGAAGAGUUUAUGUAAAUCGGUAGAUUGGUUUGAUAAAAAAGAUAGCGCAGUGUAUAAAAUCUUACAAACGCAAACAUAUCAAUUUGCCUCGGUAGCACUGUUAAUUGAUUGUUGAGUGAUUGACAGGAGAAACAGCUGAUCGAAGGAAACAUAAAAACGAAAAUUAUCGAUAAUGGAAGGAACUACUAUUAAAGUAAUAAUAAAAGCACCGAAUCAGCAGAUUACAGAUAAAAUCGUAAACUGUGAUAUUGGUUGGACUGUUGGCCAAUUAAAAGAACAUUUGUCCGACGUUUAUCCUAGUAAACCAGAACGAGCAAGCCAGAAACUUAUAUAUUCAGGACAAUUAUUAAAUGAUUCCACAUAUUUAAAAGAUGUUUUAAAACACCAUGAUGGCCAAGAAGAUCAAGCUUAUAUAGUUCACUUAGUUUGUGCUUCACAAAAAGUAUCUGCAAAUAAAAUGACAACUGAUCAAGUUGUAGAAAACAAAAAUACAAUUUCUACUAUAAGAAGUACAAUAGAUCAUACAAGAUUAAAUAAUACAAGCAAUAUACAAAAUCAAAGUGAACAUAUUAAUAAUGUAGCCAUGCAACAUACUUCAGCACAAUUAUAUUCUACACAAUAUUUUGAUCCACGGAACAGCCAACAAAUGGCUUGGAUGCAACAAGCAUACACCCAUUAUUUUACACAGUACAUGCAAUUAAUAGCAGCACAAGGAAUACAAUUACAAACUAGCAUUCCAUAUGUUCAGCAAAUGAAUAUUAAUACAAAUGAUAGUGUUCAAAAUCCAUAUAUAAAUAACACAAAUAAUAAUAAUAAUAAUAAUAAUAAUAAUGUGGGUGAUGAACAGCAACAACCUGCUGCUCAAGAAGCUGAUGUUAAUGGAGGAAAUAAUGGUGCUGGAGAAGAUGGUGCAUUUAAUAGAGAUUGGCUAGAUGUUUUUUACAUGCUGUCUAGAAUUACGGUUCUUUUCAGUAUAGUAUAUUUUUACUCAUCUCCUUUAAGAUUUCUUAUUGUUACGUUUCUUGGCUUUGCAAUGUAUCUAUAUCAGGGUGGUUUCUUCCAUGUACAACCUGUUCUUUUACCUGAAAAUAAUAAUGGUAGAGGAGAAUGGGUAGAUAAUAAUAAUCAAAUGUUACAAAAUGAAGCAAUGGGUGCUCAACCUGUACCACAACAAAAUGGUCAAGUACCAACUGUACAAGCAGAAGCAAGAACAAAUGGAAAUGAAGAACAUGAAGAAGAAAGACCUGGUGUACUUGCUUUCACUUGGACAUUUUUCAGUACAUUUUUUGCUUCACUUAUUCCAGAUCAGCCAAAUGUUAUUUAAUUUUAACGAAUAUCAAUUUAUUACACUCAAUUUUAUUGUACAGUUAAUUUUCUUCCUUGUUUUAUGUUUUCAAAA